AUGGUCGAUCGACGAUCAGACUUCUAUGACGGCGUUCCUGAAGAGGCAAGCAUCGCUCUCAGAGUCCCGCCUGAAGCCAUGAACCAACUUUCUUUGUCUUCGAAUGCCGUCAAAGCAAAGAGAAGUCAGAAGGGCCUGAAGUCCCCCGAGAAGGCGGCUCGGAAGGCCGGAGAAGCGGAAAAGAAAGAAGGAACUGCUCAGAACCAAGGUGAUUCUCAAGAGAGAAGCAUAUUCCAUCAUAAUCCUGUGAAAGUCGUCGCUGUCUUCGUGCCCGUUGGUGAGCAUCGGCCGGAUGUGAUCGUAGAAUACAGCCAGAAGUGA